CAGGAGUGAAGUUUGUCAAGCUGUCGAAAGAGUUCAAUACGAUUUAAGCCCGUCAGCUCCUGUUAAGAAAUUCUAGUACGGCCUCGAUUUAAUUCGAAGUGGAUGGUGCAGUUUAGGAAAUACAUAUGAAUUUCAUUAGAAUAUGUCCAGUUUGAAACUUGAGUAGAAGCAUGAGUGAUUGCUAUCUUUAAUUAGUCGUGUUUGUGGUCAUGUUGGAAACCAGGUCUGUUCGUGGAAUGCCAGAGCCUUCUUGGCAAUCUAAAAGUAAUUUCGGGACUAGAGUACCAUCUCAUCAAAUGGCUGUUCCAAAUGUUCGACAUGGAAAAACAGGUCAGGAUGACGUCUGUUAUGUUAUCGCAAAAUACGAUUAUGCAGCACAAGGCCCACAAGAACUGGAUCUUAGGAAAAACGAAAGGUACUUCCUUUUGGAUGAUUCCAAACACUGGUGGAAAGUUCAGAAUUCAAGAAGUCAAGCUGGAUAUGUUCCUAGCAACUAUGUCAAAAAAGAAAAACCAUCAUUGUUCGACAGCAUCAAAAAAAAGGUAAAAAAGGGUUCUGGAUCCAAAACGCUUCCUUCAAAUAAUUCCCCGUCUAGAACAGUUGACUCUCCCAAUAUGGCCAGGAGGCAAGCUGCCGACCCUUCAGAAGCAAUUGGAGUUGCUGUAGUUAAAUAUAAUUAUCAAGCACAGCAAGCUGAUGAACUGUCUCUAUCGAAAGGAUCACGAGUAUUGAUUUUAGAAAAGAGUAAUGAUGGAUGGUGGCGAGGUCAGAGUGGAAACCAAGUGGGUUGGUUCCCUUCGAAUUACACCCAAGAAGAAGGAGAUGCCGAUGACACUUUUCAUACUUACGCUAUGGCAGAAAAUGUGUUGGACAUUGUGGUGGCGCUGUAUUCGUUUUCAUCCACUAAUGACCAAGAAUUAUCCUUUGAAAAGGGGGACAGACUAGAAAUAAUAGAUCGACCUCCGAGUGAUCCUGAAUGGUACAAGGCGCGGAACUCUCAAGGUCAGAUUGGCCUGGUGCCUAGGAACUACCUGCAGGAAUUGUCCGAAUAUUUAACGCAGCCCUAUCAAGAAAGGAAUAAGCAAGAUAGGAUAGACAUAAUGGAAAGGUCACAGCAACAGAUGGUAGACAAGCCUCAUCUCAUCGAUAGGCCUUGGUAUUAUGGACCGAUAACCAGAAACGAUUGUGAUAACUUAUUGAAUAGACGCGGACACGAUGGAGAUUUCCUAAUUAGAGACAGUGAAACUAAUCUUGGAGAUUAUUCAGUUUCUCUCAAAGCACCAGGACGCAACAAGCACUUCAGGGUGCACGUGGAAGGAGCUCUCUAUUGCAUAGGACAACGAAAAUUUCACACGCUAGAUCAAUUAGUAGAUCACUACCAGAGGGCCCCCAUUUAUACCAACAAACAGGGUGAAAAACUAUACCUUGUACGUCCACUCCCUAAACCUGCCAAUGGAUAACCUUAUUGAAUGAAGUUACAUAGUCUAAGUAAAACAAUAUUUGUGUGAGUGUUGUAUAAUUUUUUUUUGCAGUAGCCCAUAAUGAUAAACUAUGACUUUCUUAAAAUUAAUUCGAUUAUCUGGUCAUAAUAAUUGUGAAUAUGUUUAUUUUAUUUGAUUAUUUAAGUUAUUAAUGAUGAAUGUAGAGAAUGCUGUACUUUGAAGCUACAUUUUCUGAAUAAUUGUGAGUUUCGAAGAUGAAAUAAUUGAGGAACUAACCCUUAAUUGAAGUCUGAUGUGUUGAAUAUUUUUAUUUCACGUAAUAAAUCUAGUGAAAAUGAGACGGUAUUUAUUUAUAAAAGAACACUUGGUUUUUCAGUUCAGGUGCUGUUUUAUUAUGGUAAGUUUUUUGACUAAAUUCUUGAUUUUGACUUUAAACUUGGGCGACUUCCAAUUCGUAGUGGCUUCAAGGUACUCGAAAUUUCUGAUUUAACUAAAUGAAUUGUUAUUGUCAGGGCUUAUAUUGAUACAUCACAUAUUGCCUAAUAUGAAGAUUCCCAUUUUUUAAAGAAGUUUUUGUAUCCAAGCUAUAUCUACUAUAACACAGAUUAUAAGAAA